AUGACAGAUUGUUCCAUUAAACAAUCGCAAUCUGAAUACCAAAUAAUUCCGCUGCUGACGCUGAUGAAGAUGAAGCUUUUCCGAAUAGAAAUGUCACGUAAGGAAUCAGCAAAUGAACUGAACAAGAAGAUGAAGACAGAACUGCGAUUUCUUGUCAAGAACUCAAGAAUGAUGUUGACCGCGUUCUACGAAUGGAAAAGUUUAAGAGUUGAAAAUUUCGAGAGUCUUCAUAUGAGUGCUUGUUCUCGACUCUUUUCAAACCAAUUUCUUAUUGUGUUGAAUUCGUUGAGCCCCGAAAAGGGAAAAUCUCAAAACUAUGAAUAA